AUGAGUGAGACGGUUCAUAAGGGAGACGGUGAGGCCGUCGGGAGGGACAUUGCUCCGCUCGCGCAGGAAGGCGCGGGCCCUGCCCUUCACGAACCGAGGCCGACACCUUCCCGCGUGGCGAGCGGCGCCUCGUCGCGCUCCUCUGCCACCAUUGUCGCGCGCCAGCUGCAGGCGAGGGCGCAACAUGCGCGCCGUGUGGCUGAAAUAGAAAAGCAGGCCGCUGAGCGCGAACGUAAAGUUGCUGAUCUCGAACUGGAAGCCAGUCUCGCCGCCAUAGAGGCGGGCCCAAGCCGACGUGGAAGCCAUGGCACGCGCAGUCGUGCAAGCGUACAGGAAUGGUUAAAUAAUACGAUUCCUAAUACCACUGAGCAACAUUUAUUAAGUGCCAACCCACCUUUCAGGUCCGACGAUAUUGCGGCCCAGCGCGAGCCACUGGGACCGAGAGAGCCGCACGGCGCGAGUGCCGCGGCAUAUGAAAACUCUCCUGAGCAAAAUCGCCCUGAAGACGGAGGAGUGACUCGCUUAGUAAAUUCGCUCGAUAAGUUAAUUAACAAAGUAAAUCAAACAAAGACGGAGCUGCCGACCUUCGACGGCAAGUCAUAUUUGGAUUGGUUAGCUUUAAAAAGAGUUUACGAAAAUAAAGCAAAUAGUUUCUCGCCUACUGAAAAUUUAGCUAGGUUAUCGCGCGCCCUACGUGGGACCGCGCGCGAGGCCGUAGCGGGCCUGCUGGCAGCAGCCCGCGACCCCGCCGCGGUGGUGGCCGCGCUCGACGCGCGCUUCGGCCGUCCCGAGCUUGUCGUCAUGCAUGAAGUGACGGCGGUGCGUGCCCUACCUAAGGUAAGCUACGACGGUAAGGACCUAGUGAUUUUCGCAAGUCGUAUUCGUAACUGCGUAGAGGUAAUCCGCAUGUUAAAUAAGCCCGACCAUUUACGCUCCCCUGAGCUGUUCCAAGCACUGUGGAGCAAGCUGCCUGCGCUGCUGCGUCCGCGGUGGUUGGAUUAUGCUCAUUCGCGCAAUGGUAGCGCUUCAAAAAUUGAAAUGUUUGCCGAUUUCCUCUCGCACGAAGUCGACCUGCAAUGCCGAUUUGGAGGCGCGGUUGACUACACACCGGCUCUAACUUCCCGGCCGAUUGGUGGUAGGGACAGAGUUAACAUUAUCGCUGAAAAUAAUCAUUCGUCUGAUAGCAUUUCAACAUCAUUAAAUAGUAAUGAUUCUAGCAAUAAUUGUUCAUUAUGUAAACAAAACCAUGACUUAUUUGAUUGUGACAAGUUCGUCAAACUGUCAAUAAAUGAUAGGUGGCAAUUUAUCAAAAAGAAUAAAAUAUGUCAUAGGUGUUUGAAAAAAGGUUUCCAUAAAAACAAAACUUCAUGUAUGAAAAAAGUAUGUAGCGUAGAAGGUUGCGAAUUGCGUCAUCAUAAGUUGUUGCACGGGUCUAAAUUUGAACGCGUCGUUACUGCGCACGUCGACGCGGAGGACAACGACGGCGCCGCCGACGACGACUCCGACGACGACGACGAGCAAGUGCCAUCGACGUCUGGCGUGAUCGCGCCCGCGGCCCCCAGCCUACCCGAAGCGUCCGUUGCAGCUCCACUGCCUGACGACUCGGAACACGAUAUUCUGACGCAUGCGACCUCUUCAUCGCCCGAACUGCCUUCCGUACGGCCGUUGUUAAAAGUAGUUGCCGUCACCGUGUCCGGACCCUCUGGUAGCGUUGACACAUUCGCGUUAUUGGACGAUGGGUCCUCAGGAACGUAUAUUGAUUCCAAAAUUUCUUCUCGAAUUGGAGUGAAGACCUGCGAUAGGCUAAUUCACGUAGAUUGCGUACUUGGCUUGAGCAAGGACGUUAAAGUACAGUAUGUCAAUUUUAAUAUACAGGGUCGUCAUUCAACCGAAGUUCACUCUAUUACAAAGGCUAGAUCGAUUAACGGUUUAGAUGCUGCGCGGCAGUGUGCGCAUCAAGAUAGUGUGCGCAAAUACCUUUACUUAGCUGACAUAGCCGGUCAAUUUUGCUACGGGGACAUAAAGCCCAUGCUGAUUAUAGGACUUGACAAUUGGCAUUUGUCAUUUGCUACAGACGUGCGCAAAGGAACCAAGACACAACCUGCAGCUAUUUUAACAGCUCUUGGCUGGGUUUUGUUUGGUUGCGGUUGCAGCAAGACUAAACGAGUUGACGUUGUCAACCAUAUCACAGUAAGCAAGCCUGACUCCGAUAGCGAUCGUUUUACUCUAGAACAGCUUAUUAGGGAGCAAUUUAAGAUCGAUUCAAUUGGUAUAUCGAAAAAAGAGGCCCGCAAUGCUGACGAUGAGCGUGCCAUACAAGUACUAGAGAGCACGGCUCACCGUCUGCCAGUUGGCCGUUUUGAAGUAGGAUUACUAUGGAAGGCUGAUAAUCUGGAUAUUCCUGAUAGUUACAAGUUAGCACUGUCCAGAUUCCUCAGCUUAGAAAAGAAAAUGAGUAAAGAUCCUCGCUAUGCUGAACGUUAUCGUCGCAAUAUUCAUGACAUGUUAACCAAAGAAUACGCUGAACAAUGUUCUUCCAGCCCUGCUUCUGGACGUCCUGUUUGGUACCUUCCUCAUUUUGGCGUGAUUAACCCAAAUAAACCCAAUAAGUUGCGAACGGUACACGACGCAGCUGCGAAAUCUUACGGCGUGUCAUUAAACUCUUUGUUAUUGACUGGCCCUGAUCUUUUGCAACCUUUGUUAGGUAUUCUAAUGCGUUUUCGUGAGGGUGCCGUCGCUUUAAACGCUGACAUUCGUGAAAUGUUUCCGCAGAUCAAAAUUAUUGAAAAAGAUAGAGACGCGCAAAGAUUUCUGUGGCGAGAUACCCCUGGUGAUCUGAUUAAAACGUAUCGCAUGUCAUCCAUGAUUUUCGGCGCCGCGUCGAGCCCAUUUACAGCCAUACACAUAAAAAACAAAAAUGCUUUAGAAUGGCAGGAAACUUACCCUGACGCGGCUCGAGUAAUCAUCGACGACCAUUACAUGGACGAUUGCAUCACUAGCUUAGACGACGUCGGCAAAGCUGCCAAGCUGGCAGCUGAUAUUUACACCGUACAUGCUCACGCUGGUUUCGAGAUGCGCGGCUGGACGUCGAAUAAUCCUAGUGCGCUUUCGUUGUUACCUAAAGAAUCUUUGCUCGAGGUGCCUCACUCUACUAAUGUUGACGUAGAAUUAGGUCGCCUGGCUACGCCCGUUCGCACGCUAGGUCUUAUCUGGCAACCCGCUAACGACCUGAUUGGUUUUAAUACUGGCAUUAGGAAUGAUACCGUGUUGCCAGAGAAGCUAACAAAGCGAGAGGUUCUAGUGCACGUAAUGAGAAUUUAUGAUCCGCUUGGAAUCCUUGCACCAAUCGUCGUUCGUGGUCGUAUUAUGUUUCAAGACGCUUGGCGCAAGGGUUUGAACUGGGACCAAGAGCUCUCUCAACGUGACAGCGCCGCGUGGAAGUUAUGGUUUCAAGACCUGAUCUCCACUUCCAGUUUACAGAUACCACGCCGCUAUAACUUGAGCGGUCUCGAGGUAGUAGAGUGCGAAUUACAUGUGUUUUCGGAUGCUAGUGAGUCCGCCUUUGCUGCUGUGGCCUAUUGGCGCUUUCUAUAUGUGAAUGGUGAUGUAAGGCUCUCCCUUAUCUGCAGUAAAGUCCGCGUGUCUCCAAUUAGACCUGUCUCUAUUCCUCGUUUAGAACUUCAGGGUGCUCUAAUGGCCGCGCGCCUUGCCACAUCGAUAUGCGAAGCUCAUCGACUGAAGCCAAUGAGACGCGUUUUCUGGUGCGACUCAAUGACUGCACUGGGUUGGCUUCGUAGUGAUGCGCGCACCCUUAAACCCUUUGUAUCUCAUAGAGUUGGCGAGAUACUGGAGCUUACCAACAUCAGCGAGUGGCAUUGGAUACCGAGCGACCUAAACGUAGCCGAUGAUGCUACACGUGCCAAACGUUUUGUGCUCUCUCCAGAAUCUCGCUGGAUCUCUGGGCCUACCUUUCUCCUUUCCUCGGACUGGCCCGCUGAACCGCAAAUUGAUGUCAGCGGAUUGGGCCGCGAAGAGUAUAAAAACAUCAUUCAUCUUAUCACCGAGACUGAUCUGCCCGCACCAAUCUCUGCGGAUCCAAGUCGAUUCAGCUCAUGGCUGAGAAUGGUGCGAGCAACGGCAAAGGCGCAUCAAUUCAUAUCAUUAUUGCGAAUGCGUAGUAUGAGCAGACGAGGCGUAAACUGCAACCUUCCUCGUCUUGAAGGACUCUUAUGUACCUUCCACCCAACUUGCACAUCCUCUCCUGGUACCUCUAAUCCCCCUAAUAUCCCACCAAGAAUAACCGCGACUGAUUUACGUCUAGCCGAGUGCCAUAUUUUGCGGCAAAGCCAACUGGAUUCCUUCAAAGAGGAUAUUUUGCGGAUAAAGAACCGAGACCCGUUGCCACGAAGCAGCCGCCUUUUCAAACUGUCCCCCUUCAUAGAUGACAAAGAUCAACUUCGAAUGUGCAGUCGUAUAGUCGCAGCAACAGGCGUCCAUGAUGAAGUUAAACGACCACUGAUUUUAGACGGAAAACAUCCAGCAGUACGUCUCCUAAUAGCCAGAUAUCAUCAAAAAGCUGGCCAUGCUAACAAAGAAAAGGUUUUGAACGAGCUCCACCAAAGAUUUUGGAUUUUAGGCCUAAGAAAUGCUGUCCGUGUAGUGGCCCAUGACUGCCAGUUUUGCAAACUUCACCGUGCCAGAACGUUUCAACCACCGACGGGAGAUCUACCGGAGUCUCGCUUGGCUCAUCAUCAAAGGCCAUUCUCUUUCGUCGGCCUGGACUACUUUGGACCCAUACUUGUUUCGGUUGGUCGAAGAAGGGAGAAGCGCUACGUUGCCCUAUUUACGUGCCUCGUCAUCCGCGCCGUACAUCUUGAAGUGGUACACAGUUUAUCGACGGAUGCGGCCAUAAUGUGUCUACGCCGUUUUAUUUCUCGUCGAGGGACACCACAAGAGAUCUGGUCAGACCACGGAACAGCCUUUGUUGGGGCAAACAGGGAGUUACGAGCUCUUUACGGCGACUCUGUUGAAGAUUUUGCUGCUAACGAAUCAAUCAAUUGGCGUUUCAUUCCUCCCGCAGCACCUUUUAUGGGUGGAGCGUGGGAGCGGUUAGUUCGCAGUGUUAAAGAGGCUUUAAAAGUGACCCUCAGAGAACAGGCUCCUUCAGACGAAGUUUUAAGAACACUUUUGGCGGAGGCUGAAGCCCUAGUGAAUACAAGACCACUAACCCAUGUGUCACUCGAUGCCGACGCUGAUGAGGCUCUAACACCGGCCCAUUUUACACUUACAUCUCCAUCUGGGCGCCCAUUUCCCGCUACCCUCACCGAUGCCGAUCUUCUUAGUCGAAACCAGUGGCGCAGAGCAGUCAGGCUAGCUGACCAUUUCUGGCAGCGCUGGGUCAAGGAAUACCUGCCCUGCUUGUCACCACGUGUAGGAGGAGGGUCACCGCCUAAUGUUGCAGUGGGUGAUGUUGUGAUCAUUUGUGAUUGCAACCUUCCUAGAGGCUCGUGGCCCAAGGGUCGCGUGACCGCCGUAUACCCCGGCAGAGACGGGAUCGUUAGAGUGGCGGAUGUUGCUACCGCCGCUGGAAUCUUACGCCGACCCCUAAAGAAGCUCGCGAAAGUCCUUGUCUCUACUUAA